AAUACUGUACAAGUUUGAAAUGAAAAAUAAAAAUCAGAUGAAUAAUAUGGAUUGAUCGUUCAGCUCCACUCUCACUGCUGCCAAAGUACAGACCCGAAAAAAAUAAAUGGAGACCAAAACAAUCCCAAAUUGAAACUAGAUCCAAUUUCUCACAAUAGAAAAAAGACGAAAGCACUAGAAUACUAAUACAUAACUUAUCAUAAGGACAAAAUCCAAUACGUAACCUAAAGCCGGUGCACAUGAGCUAGUCAUAAGCGAACCCGUUGCUAAAAGACAAAAGUUUCAACAUCACUGCUAUAAGGAGACCAACACCUCAAAUUAGGCCAUAAGAAUCAAACCAACCCCUUAGAUCCGCCUUGAAUCCUUGUACGAAGGCCACAUGAGCACGCCUCACUGAAGAAAGUGAGCCACCCACACCAUCGGACGAAAAUAGAAGCAAGAUGGCAAAGAUGAUAACAAUGGCAAAAACCAGAGAUGAUAGAGACAAACAAAAGUUCCACGACUAAUCAAGGGCUAUCAUGAAACCACACUACAAAACACUGAGAUCCGAGAAAGAAAAGCAAUUGAACAAGCUAGAGAGAAAGAAGAGCCUCUCCAGUGUUAGUAAGGACCGCCAGUCACCGGAAAAACUGCAAGAAAAAGUUGGAAGGCGGCUGGAAAAGUUUACAGAGAAUUAAGAUGUUGACUUCACUAGUGAAACAACAAAUAAUGCAUUAAAUAAGGAUUCAAAUCAACACAUCAUUCGGUGCCUCAUACUUGCAUGUCAAUGUACCGUUCCUAUAUAUAUGGAGACGAUCUUCGACAUUUGAAACAUAGAACCUACCAAACAUAUCUCUUUUCACCAUCAAAACGCUAUGGAUGCUUUCUUAUUUUCCUUAUUAUCUCCACUACUGGUUUUCGUUUUGAUUGCUCUUUUCAAGAAAACAAAGAGGCCAAAACAUGUAAAAGCUCCUGAACCGAGCGGUUCAUGGCCCAUCAUCGGCCAUCUUCAUCUUCUUGGUGGCAAGGAACAACUUCUCUACCGAACUUUAGGAGAAAUGGCUAACCGUUACGGUCCUGCUAUGUCGUUACGACUCGGGAGCAGUGAAGCAUUCGUUGUGAGCAGUUUUGAGGUGGCUAAAGAGUGUUUCACUGUGAACGACAAAGCCUUGGCUUCACGACCUAUGACUGCCGCCGCAAAGCAUAUGGGUUACAAUUAUGCUGUCUUCGGGUUUGCACCUUACAGCUCUUUCUGGCGCGAGAUGCGUAAGAUAGCAACUGUCGAGCUACUUUCUAACCGGCGGCUACAGCUGCUCAAGCACGUCCGUGUUUCAGAGAUCUCAAUGGGUGUGCAAGAUUUGUAUUCUUUGUGGGUUAAGAAAGGUGGUUCCGAACCAGUAAUGGUUGAUCUAAAGAGGUGGUUAGAGGACAUGACACUGAACAUGAUCGUAAGAAUGGUGGCCGGAAAACGAUACUUUGGCGGUGGCUCAACAACCCCUGAAGAGACAGAAGAGGCGAGGCAAUGCCAAAAGGCCAUCACAAAGUUCUUUCACCUCAUCGGUAUAUUCACAAUGUCCGAUGCUUUUCCGACACUAGGGUGGUUUGAUCCGCAAGGACAUGAGAAGGAGAUGAAGAAAACGGGUAGCGAACUAGAUGUGAUUCUUGAAAGAUGGAUCGAGAACCAUCGGCAACAACGAAAAGCUUCAGGAAAUAAAGAAAAUGAUUCAGACUUCAUUGAUGUUAUGUUGUCACUUGCGGAACAAGACAAACUCUCCCAUCUUCAAUAUGAUGCAAAUACUAGCAUCAAAUCUACCUGCCUGGCACUGAUUCUUGGAGGAAGUGACACUACAGCUUCAACCCUCACAUGGGCCAUUGCUCUUCUUCUAAACAAGAGAGAAAUGUUAAAGAAAGCGCAAGAUGAGAUAGACGUCCAAGUUGGCAAAGACAGGAAUGUCGAGGAUUCAGACAUAGAAAAUCUGGUGUAUCUUCAAGCGAUCAUCAAAGAAACAUUGAGACUGUAUCCAGCUGGUCCUCUUUUAGGCCCUCGAGAGGCGAUGCAAGAUUGCACAGUCGCCGGUUACCACGUUUCUUGCGGUACAAGACUGAUAGUGAACGUAUGGAAAAUCCAAAGAGAUCCAAAAGUUUGGGUAGAACCAAACGAGUUCAGACCAGAGAGGUUUCUUACAGGAGAAGCAAAAGAGUUUGAUGUCAGAGGACAGAACUUUGAGCUGAUGCCGUUUGGUUCGGGAAGAAGAUCAUGUCCAGGAUCUUCCUUGGCUAUGCAAGUGCUUCAUCUAGGUCUUGCACGUUUUCUUCAUUCGUUUGAAGUAAACACUGUUUCUGAUGUGGCUGUUGAUAUGAGUGAGAGCCCUGGCUUAACCAUUCCUAAAGCAACGCCUCUUGAUGUUCUGAUCAGUCCACGUCUCGAGAAACAUCUUUUCGUGUGAUAUAUCAUAUAUAUAUAUAUAUAUAUAUAUAUAUAUAUAUGUGUGUGUGUGUAUGUGUUUCCGUUUGCUAAACAUAGGGCUACAAUGCUAUUAUUGAAGGUGUUUUAAUGUUUUCGUUCAAAUAAAAGCCUACGUGUACGUUACUCUUUGUUCGUUU